AUGAAUUCCCCCCAUCGUGAUCAGGGUCGGCCCAAUGCGCCAGCGACACUCCCCUUCCUUACGCUGGGUCCCGACCAGCGACUGUCUUUGCAUCCCGUGCCGCCUCCCGGCCUGCUAGACGUGACGACAACAGCAGCAGCGUCACAGGGGGGUGGAGGGAAAAGGGACGGGGGGAAAGGGGACGCAGGGAAAGGGGCCCCGGGGAAAGGGGAUGGGGGGAAAGGAGACGCGGGGAAGGGGGACGCGGGGAAGGGGGACGCGGGGAAGGGGGACGCGGGGAAGGGGGACGCGGGGAAAGGAGACGCGGGGAAGGGGGACGCAGGGAAGGGGGACGCGGGGAAGGGGGACGCGGGGAAGGGGGACGCGGGGAAGGGGGACGUAGGGAAGGGGGACGCGGGGAAGGGGGACGCGGGGAAGGGGGAAGGGAUGGUGCUGACAGCAGACAGGGCGUGCGGUGAGGGGGAGUGGGUACACGUGGCAUGUGAGGUGAGGAGGAAGAGAAAUGCUAUGCCAAUUCGAGCCGUUCCAUCCCUGCUCCCCUCCCCGUCUCCCUCUGCUCUCUCUAUCCCCACUCCAUUCCCCUCAUCGCCUGUUUUCCUCAUUCCUCUCUUGAUUGCUCGUCACGAGAAAUCCGUGCGCCCGCAUGUAGCUCGCCUGUACAUCAACCGCGCACAGGCAGCACAGCAAGCGGGUUCCUCCGCCCCUCUCCACGCCUCUGCACCUGCUGCAGAGACGACCCCCCUGCUUCUGACAGGCGGUGAUGGUCCAACAGGGGCAGGGGCAGGGGGGGGAGGAGGGGGAGGAGGAGGGGUGUGCGCGCUCGUGCACCAUGUGACGCUGCUGCGCACUGCAGAUGUCGCCACUCAUUAUGCCGAGGUGGGCUGGGUGGGAGAGAAGGACGGGCAGAGGUGGGGGGGGGAAGGGGAGGACUGGAGAAGGACAGCUGGGAAGAGAGAAUGGAAGCGAAGAGGGAACCCUCCAGUGGAGCAUGCUGCAGCGCGCCCUCGCUCUGCCUCCGCGGCAGCUAAAGCUGGCAGUGCUGCAGCUGGCAAUACUGGGACAAGCAGUGCUGCCAAGGCUCAACAGGCCUCUUCACCAUCUGCUCCUGCUUCUGUGCCUGCUGCUACUCCUCGCACUGCUCCUGCUGUGGCUGCUAAUCGUUCUACUGCUCCUGUUCCUGCUGCUGUUCCUGCUGCUGUUCCUGCUCCUGCUCCUGCUCCUGCUCCUGCUCCUGCUCCUGCUCCUGCUACUGCUACUGCUACUGCUCCUGCUCCUGCCCCUGCCCCUGCUCCUGCUCCUGCUCCUGCUCCUGCUCCUGCUCCUGCUACUGCUCCUGCUCCUGCCCCUGCCCCCGCCCCUGCCCGUGCUUCUGGAACGCCCUCUACCUCUGCUCCUGCCUCGGCCUCUAACGUGGUUCCAUCUGCUGCUCCCUCUGCCACUCCCUCUGCCACUCCCUCUGCCACUCCCUCUGCUUCUCCCUCUGCUGCUUCCUCUGCCGCUCCAUCUGCCACUCCCUCUGCCACUCCCUCUGCUGCUCCCUCUGCUGCUCCCUCUGCUGCUCCCUCUGCUGCUUCCUCUGCUGCUCCCUCUGCUGCUCCCACUGCUGCUCCCUCUGCCACUCCCUCUGCUGCUCCCUCUGCUGCUCCCUCUGUUACUCCCUCUGCUGCUCCUCCUGCUGCUCCCUCUGCUUCUCCAGCCUCUGCUAGCGCCUCAGUGGUGCCUGUGCCUCCAGAGGAGGAGGAGGAGGAGGAGGAGGAGGAGGAGGAGGAGGAGGAGGAGGAGGAGGAGGAGGAGGAGGAGGAGGAGGAGGAGGAGGAGGAGGAGGAGGAGGAGUAG